AUGUCUGGCGUGGAUAGACCCUUCUUGGCAUCUAUUACUCGUCUUUGGCACAUCAUCAAUGUUGCAGGAGGCAGCCCAGACAAGAUGCAGAGACGCCUUCAUCAGAGAUAUGGACCUAUUGUUCGGAUAGCUCCAAAUGAGAUAGCAGUAGCAGACCCAGAGGCUAUCCGGACCAUAUAUUCAUCUCAUUCUGGAUUUGUCAAGACUGACUUCUAUCUUCCUUUCCGUGCUACUUGGGGCAAAUAUCCGGAUGCGUUCACCAACCUCGAUGAGCGCCAGCACGCUGAGAGACGUAGAAUCGUUAACCAAGUCUACUCAAUGUCGAAUAUCAUACAGUUGGAGGACAGUGUGGACAAAUGUGUGCAGAUGCUCAUGGAGAAGCUUGCUGAGAGUGCGACAAGAACUACUGCUAUCGACAUUUCGCAGUGGUUCCAGUGGUAUUCUUUUGACGUCAUCGGCGAGUUGUUCUUCAGCCGGAUGUUUGGAUUCCUGGAAGGUGCUUAUGACCACGGCGGCAAUAUCCACGCUCUGGAUCUACUAAUUCCCUUCAUCGCCGUCGCUUGUGCUUCCCCAGCCUUCUUGAGGCCCCUAGUCCUCAUCAGUGGAGCGAUGAUACCUCGGGUUUUCCAGGCUUUGAAAGCGUUGAAGCACAUUGAGAACGCAUCGGAAUCAUGCGUUGCUGACAGACAGCGUCUGAUUGAGAGCGGGGAGGCCGAUGAGAAAGAAGAUAUGUUGCAGAGUUUCUUCAGAAUCAUGCAAAACAAGGGAAGGCAGAAGGAUUUCGGCAUCACUGAAGUGAAGAUGGAGGUUUACGGCGCUUUCAUUGCCGGAUCAGAUACAACCGCGGCUGCGAUCACGGCUAUAGUUUACCACCUCAUGCGCACCCCAUCAGCAUACGCAAAGCUCACUACCGAAAUCGACGAAGCUUCGCAGGCCGGGCUACUGAGUCCGAUAAUACAAUAUCACGAGGCUGUUGGGCUACCCUAUUUCAUUGCUUGCUGCAAAGAAGGCAUGCGAUUACACCCAAGUGUUGGUAUGACACUUCCGCGUCAUGUUCCGCGAGGUGGUUGUAUGAUCGCUGGAGCAUGGUUCCCCGAGGGUACGCGUGUUGGUGUGAACGCUGCGGUAGUACAACGCGACAAGAGCAUCUUCGGUAACGAUGCCGACGCCUUUGUUCCGGAACGAUGGCUCGGGCCACAGGCGUCGAAAAUGGAGCGUUACAUGUUCCAGUUUGGCGGGGGCUCUAGGACAUGCAUCGGAAAGAAUAUAUCACUGUGUGAGAUAUACAAAGUCAUUCCGCAGCUUCUUCGCUCGUUCGACUUGGAACUUCCACACCCGGAGAAGGAGUGGGAGACGCGUAAUUACUGGUUCAAUAAGCCGACAAAGGUUCAUGCUACGGUUCGAUGCAGAGAAAAAGGAGGGUAUAAGGCUUUGUGA